AUGUCGUCAGCGUACACUAAGACUAUCGGUGGCAAGCUGCAGCUAAAGGGUGGCAUUUCUCUCAAAGCCAAUACGUCGCAUAAGCACAAGAAAAAGAGCAAACAUGAUAGCAAGAAGCGCGAGUUUGAUGCCACAGUUUCAACCCCCGCCAAAUCUUUUGAGCUGGUCAAACUUCGCGGCUCUGGACGCAUCUUGAGCUCAGGUACGACUCUCAUGGGGCAAGUUGGCACUAAAUUUUUGCAAGAAUUGCACGUGGGUGAUGCAAUUGUGAUUCAUCACCCAACGUCAUUGACGGAAGAGACGCGUAUCGUGCGCAUGGUACUGAGUGACGUAUCUGCUAGUGUCAGUUCCGCUCUUAGUUCGGACUUGGUGUCGUCCACGUCCUUUUAUUAUAUAAAGGCGCCUCCCAAAGGUGUUGAAGAGGAAGAGGAUGAGCAAGAAAAGCACAAGAAGAAGCGAAAGAUGGAUGAAGAAAUUGCGUUUGGAACAUAUGCUGGAGGAACGGAGAAGGGUGGACAAUACACUUAUAGAGUUAAGAAGAGCGGGGCGUUUGGAGGGUAUACCAUCGUCAAAGAGAGUGCAGAGGUGGAAAGGAGUCGGGAGGAGCUACUUGACAUUCGAGCGAAGAAGAAAGGAGAUCGACAUUGCAUGUGA